UGUGCGAUUGUUCGGCACAGUUUGAAAGUGUUGAGAAGUUUACACCGGCCGUAGAAUAAUAACAAAGCAUCGUCACGACAAGACAAAGGCUUUGUGUAGGUAAGCAGGAAGUAGUGUUAGCUACGUGUUAGCUUCCGGAGUUAGCUUACUGCACGGAGCGAGCUCACUCUGAACAUGGCUCUGAAUAAGUCCAUGCAUCCUCGGAACCGCUACAAAGACAGACCACCUGACUUCUCCUACCUGGCCUCCAAGUACCCAGACUUCCAGCAGCACGUGCACACCAGCCUCACAGGACGACCUGUUGUGAAUUUCAAAGAGCCGGAGGCGGUGCGAGCGCUCACCUGCACUCUGCUGAAGGAGGAUUUUGGUUUGACCAUCGAGAUCCCACUGGAGCGCCUCAUACCCACUGUCCCCCUACGACUCAACUACAUCCACUGGGUGGAGGACCUCAUCGACGGCCAGAAGCAGCUACGCAGGGGCAUCGACAUCGGCACCGGGGCGUCUUGUAUUUACCCCUUACUGGGAGCCACAAUGAACGGCUGGUAUUUCCUCGCCACAGAGGUGGAUGACAUCUGUUUCGACUACGCUACGAAAAAUGUGGAACAGAACAAGAUGUCUGACCUCAUUAAAGUUGUCAAAGUUCCUCAGAAGACUUUACUGAUGGAUGCCUUGAAAGAAGAGACAGAGAUCAUAUACGACUUCUGCAUGUGCAACCCUCCUUUCUUUGCAAACCAGCUAGAAGCAAAGGGGGUAAACUCCAGGAACCCACGCCGACCUCCUCCCAGUUCAGUAAACACAGGCGGGGUGACGGAGAUCAUGGCGGAGGGCGGGGAGCUGGAGUUUGUCAAGAGGAUCAUUCACGACAGUCUGCAGCUCAAGAAACGCCUGCGGUGGUACAGCUGCAUGUUGGGGAAGAAGUGCAGCCUGGCACCUUUGAAAGAGGAGCUGAGGAAACAAGGGGUGCCGAAGGUGACGCACACUGAGUUUUGUCAGGGACGGACCAUGCGCUGGGCGCUGGCCUGGAGUUUCUACGAUGAUGUGAUUGUUCCGUCUCCUCCCAGUAAGAAGCGUAAACUGGAGAAGUCCCGGAAACCGCUGUCCUUCACACUUCCAGAGGCUGGACUGAAGGAGCUGCAGGUCAAAGCUCUGGCAAUCAGCUCCUCAGCCUGCAGCCCAGUGGACAACAUCACUGCUCUGCUGGAGAGGACACUCACUGACCUGAGGGUGCUGCACAAGCGUAUCCCCUGCAAGGAGCAGGAGCAGAGUCUCGUUCUGACAGCUGUGGAGAACACUUGGAUUCACGGUCGACAGAAGCGACGCGAACAGAAGCGUCAGCUGCGAGAGCUUCCCAGGGCGCCUCACUGGGCCGCCGCCAGCUCUCAAACCACCGUGGCUUCAGCUGCAGCUCCAGUAACCACACCCUCCCAAAACCAGCCUGCUUCCACACAAGACAGCAACGACACUCAGGGGGAUGUCUCUUACAGCGAAACCACACCUGCACAGGAGGAAGAGGAGACUGGCAAAGGCUGCUCUUCCAGUAAAGAUGAAACACAGAACAUGACUGGAGAACAGAACAAAGUCUCAAAUGAUGCGAGCAGUAAAGAUGUGGACAUGGAGUCUACAGGCCCGAAGGAAAUGCCUCCCACAAUGAAUGAGCCCCCGAGCCCCGGUGAAGUCAAACACUUCCUGUUUAAGUGUCUGCUGAACGUGAUGCUGGAGGGGAGCGAUGUGCUGAUCGAGAUGCACUACGUCGAAGGUCAGAACAAAGACCUGAUGAACCAGCUGUGCACCUACCUGAAGAACUCACUUUUAAAGUAUAUUGCGAAGCCCUAAACAUCAGAAAGAACACAGUAGAGUCAGAUAUGAAACAACUGGAAGUAAAAUUUCACCAACAUUAUUUUUAGAGGUUAGAUCUGAGUACCUGUCUUUUGGGAAGUUUCUUUCAGGAGAAUUAGAAUGAUUUUUCUGUGUAUCCAUCAGCAGGCAGCUUUUGAAAAGUUCAGAAAAAGCUGAGUUUGUUCCAGGAAAGAAUCAACUAUGUGCUCAGAUGUUUUGUCUUCAAAAUUUGGAAAACAUUUUGAAUAAAUGUAGUUUUUUAUUUUCUUUUAUACAGUCAAGUAUUUUUUCUACAAUGAUGCAGUGUCACUAAGUGGCCACAUGGGGACAGUAUUUGCGUGUCUUCUCCUGUAAGGGACAAUUGCUGUCAUGAUUGGUUGUAUGAAGAUUAAAACCCUUUUAAUCUGUG